AUGGCGCGCCUCUCACUGACGAUAUCGACGAAGCUGGAAGUCACCAAUUCCUUGUCAGAGAACACAGGACUAAUUUGUCGUCUUCUUCAAGAGGCUCGCCGUCGCCAAAGUCAACCUUUUUCUAGAGGCGACACUAAUUCUGAGCUGCUAUCAAGCGCCGAUGAGCCGAUGAUGAACGAUAGCUCAACCAAUAGCAGCAUUUCUGCCAAUUGGGCAUCUAACGAACCCAAUGCGGACGCUUUUGCUUUUCCUUCUAGCCGGUCUUCCUCGCCAAAGUAUUUGUCCUCACAUCUCUCUUCCUCUUACCCUCCCAGCUCUACUUCAUCAUCCUCUUCCACUUCCUCCCUCUCUAUGACCGCAUCUGGUGAUUCGGGGUCGAAAUCGCCGUCAGUGAUAGUUGGAGGACACGAUCUCACUCAACUGCGAAGAUUUGCGCUACGCCUUCGACAAAAACGCCGUGCUUGGGGCAUGUCACAAACGCAACUUAGCCAUGAGAUGAUGCGGUUCUUCCCAGGAUAUCUUUUGUUCAGUCAAUCACUACUUUGCCGUUUCGAAAAAUUAGAUGUUACGCUGCGAGCUGCUCUCCGACUUGUGCCUUAUUUAAGUCGAUGGCUCGAGCACGCCGAGAAUCAGCGCUGUGAGUCAAAUAUUUUUGGACCUACAGAUAAGGCCGGAUCUGAUACAUCAUUGACCAGUAAAACUACGACCUCCCCUAUCCAUAGGUCAACUCUUGGAACAGUCGCGAUAGGUCCUUUUCAUCGCGAGCCUGUUGCUACUUCUGAGCUAAAGCUGAUCUGGUAA